AUCGGUUUGGGGGAGCGGGGGAGCUCAUUGCGUCCCUGGAUACAGGCAGCAGAUGAAGAAGAGGGCAGGGAUGAAGGCUGUGCCACCUUCUUUGAGAAGCCCUUUGGAAUAGCAAAGCUAAACCCUCCUUGAGAAAUUCUCCAAAAAAUAAAAAAAGGAAGGGGAUGGACCAGUUCAUCAGGAAACAUUUUGCUUUCCUCAGUACCUUCUGGAACAAAUUUUUGCCCCACAGGGUUCCCAACAGUUGCCCUUUGGAGUUUUGGGAGCCGGUCUCCGGAUCCCUACACCCCACACUGGAUCCCGACCCCGAGGAACCCGCUUUCUCCCUCUUUGGGGUGCUCUACGACUUCACGGCCAGGAGUGCAGAUGAGCUGAGCGUCAACAGAGGAGAGAAGCUCUGCGUCCUCAAAGAAGAGGGAGGGUAUGUCUUAGCAAGGCGGCUCUCGGGGGACCCAGUAAUAGGAUACGUCCCGGCCAACUACAUCAGCAAGCUCAGCCAGGAACCGUCUGCACAGCAGCCCUGGUACAUAAGUGGGAUUAGCAGAAGCAACGCCAACCAUCUCCUCCUCUCGCCUCCGAAUCGCCAUGGCUCCUUCCUCGUCCGGGAUAGUGAGAGUAACAGAGGGGAAUACUCCCUAUCAGUUCGGAACCAUACCAAAGUGCGACAUUUCAGAAUCUACAAAGAGCCUGGAGGAAGUUUUUACUUGGAAAAGGGACACAUGUUUCCAAAUCUGGAGCAGCUCCUUGCCUACUAUACAGCCAACUGGAAGGUCAUACAUAGUCCCUUGCUUCAUCCCUGCAUCCAACAGAGGCCUACUGAGACGGACCAAUGGGAACGUCCCCGCUCGGAGUUCCAGCUCUGGAGGAAGAUGGGCGAAGGAUGCUUCGGAGAGGUGUGGGAAGGAACGUGGAAGAACACGGUGCCGGUGGCCAUCAAAAUCAUGAAGCAAGCUGACAUGAGGGAUGACUUUGCCAAAGAGAUCCAGAACUUGAAAUGUCUUAAGCACACGAGGCUCAUCAAGCUCCUGGCCAUCUGCUCCCUAGGAGAACCUGUCUACAUCGUCACCGAGCUGAUGAGGAAGGGAAACCUGCACAGCUACCUCAACAGUGCAGCAGGGAAGGAACUGACCACACACCACUUUCUCAGCAUCUCUUGCCAAGUGGCCGAUGGCAUGACCUACUUGGAAGAACAGCACGUUGUCCACAGAGACUUAGCAGCCAGGAACAUUCUGGUGGGAGAGGAUCUUGCUUGCAAAAUUGCUGACUUCGGUCUUGCCAGGCUGCUCAAGGAUGAUGUUUAUUCCACCACGGGAAAUGCCAUGAUUCCUGUGAAAUGGACGGCACCAGAAGCAGCUAUCUACCAGACCUACUCUCCAAAAUCGGACGUUUGGUCCUAUGGGAUUUUUCUGUAUGAGGUGUUUACGUAUGGACAAUGCCCAUAUGAAGGGAUGACCAACCAAGAAACUAUCCAGCAGAUCACCCGGGGCUACCGCCUUCCCCGUCCCAACAGCUGCCCCGCUGAGGUUUACGCCGUCAUGCUGGAGUGUUGGAAGAGCCACCCAGAGGACAGGCCGCCUUUCCACAGCCUGAGGGAGAUGCUCUUCUGCAUCUACAAAUGGGGCCACUACCCGUUCUCUUGAAGGAGGGGGGGAAUUGCCACCAGCGGCAUUUAGAAAUGGACAGUAGAUCCUAGAUCCCCCAACAGGAUUGGCGGAACGGCUAGAAGAAGCCAGUUCAAGUCAGCCUUGGGCAGGAAGGAGCUUGGGGUUAUGUGAAGGCCUUAUUUUCGUGCAGCUACAGCGUGAGAUACCGCUGGGUGGCAGCCCAUUUCGGAUCUGCUGCCUGCGCCUGCCAGAAGAUAAUUCGCUACAGAUCCUGCACAGCCAAGGUGCCAUUGCAAAGUCGUUUCAGCGCCCUUCCCAUGCAAACCACGGACUAAGAUUGGACUCCUUGCCAUGUGCGCCAGUUGACUUUCAUUACUCAAUAAAUGUGU